UAUAUUUUCUGUCUGGGCUCCUUUAUAUACACUUCUACUCUAUCUCAAGUGUGCAGCUGGUUAUCUCUCAAGGCCCUAUUAUGGCUUUUCUGUUGUUUUGCCCCAUAGGUGGGGGAGGGAAGUUUCACGGAAAAGCUCAACAGAGCCGGAAAAGUUACCGGCGAUUUGCGAAUGGCAGAACAUGAUUUUUCUUGCAUUUAUUGUCUCUCAGAACGAUUGAGAUUCCGGGUUCACUUCUUUCUGAAAUCAAAAUGGCGAUGAAUCGGUCUUUCAAGUUGAAUUCGGGCUACAGUAUUCCAGCUGUUGGCCUAGGCACCUGGCAAUCUGGACCAAAUCUAGUCAAAGAAGCAGUAUCUACUGCUUUGACAUGCGGCUAUCGUCAUAUUGAUGCUGCUUCUGUCUACGGAAAUGAAGCAGAAGUAGGAGAAGGACUCAAAGCUUCCGGCGUGGAUCGCAAGGAGAUUUUUGUUACGGGCAAGCUCUGGAACACUGACCAUAACCCUGAAGAUGUUGAGAAUGCGCUCGACCAAACAUUGAAGGACUUGCAAACCGACUACUUAGAUCUUUACCUCAUACAUUGGCCUGUUGCAUUUCCACAUUCGAAGGAGUCGUUUCCGGUCGAUCCAAUAUCAGAAGAGAUUAUGGUGAUUGAUGUUCCUAUCAAGGAUACCUGGAAAGCGAUGGAAGCUCUAGUUGCCAAAGGGAAAGUCCGGAGCAUUGGAGUCAGCAACUUCACGAAGGCGAAGAUCGAGUCUCUCUUGCAAACAGCUAUCAUUCCACCAGCGGUAAAUCAAAUCGAGGCCCACGCAUACUUGCAGCAACCGGAUCUGUUAGACUGGUGCAAGCAGCAAAAAAUCGUUGUUGCAGCCUAUAGUCCACUCGGAAACAAUAUCUACAACCUCCCCAGAGCUGUAGAUGAUCCCACAGUCGUAGCACUGGCUAGAGAAAUGAACAAACAGCCAGCACAGCUAUUGAUUAGCUGGGCUAUUCAACGAGGCACUGUCGUUCUACCAAAGAGCGUAACAGCGUCAAGGAUCAAAGAUAACUUUCAAGAUUUCCAGCUUCCAAAAGAUGUCUUCGACAAAAUUGUUGCGCUGGACCGUCACCACAGGUACAAUUUCCCAGCUCGUUUGGGCGUGGAUAUCUUUGGCGAGGUGGGCCGAGACAGCUUGAGAAAGAGCGUUGAGGAAUGGAAGGAAGUUCAGAGAAAGCUGAAAGCGGGAUUGAAAGUCAAUUGAUGAUACAAGCGGCCUGCACCAGAUUCAGAUCGGUAAUUGAUACUUGAUGCUCUCCCCUCGCCAAAACUACGCUAAACCCCUCCACCAAUCACAAGCCUCGACCUCUUUAAUACCUUAUAAAUUCAAAUAAGCAGAUCUUUGCCAUCAUCCUCUGAGACAGCGGCCUCCAGGAUAUAGAUGCUUGCGACAGUGAUCGUGCCUCUCUAUAUUCUCGUGAAUGCCUGCAAUACGAAUGUCUCAAGAUGAUCCCCUUUAAACCCCAUACUAGCUAUGGUGUUGGAUACCACCUUCGGGUGGUUGAGUUUUUGCUUUCGAUAUCUUUUUAAGCGAGGUCUGCAGGCGAUCCAGCUUUUUUCGAAAUUG